CGCCUUCCCUGAUAGGUAUGGUAAGGAAGGACUGGGCAUCCCAAAAUAGCAUUGCCCUAUCAUGGCAAGCACCUGCUUUUCCCAAUGGAGCCAUACUGGACUACGAGAUCAAGUACUAUGAGAAAGAGCAUGAGCAGCUCACCUACUCCUCCACGAGGUCCAAGGCCCCCAGUGUCAUCAUUACAGGUCUCAAGCCAGCCACCAAGUACAUAUUCCAUAUCCGAGUGAGGACUACAGCAGGAUACAGUGGCUACAGUCAGAAGUUUGAAUUUGAAACAGGAGAUGAAACUUCUGAUAUGGCGGCGGAACAGGGGCAGAUUUUGGUGAUAGCCACCGCGGCUGUCGGGGGAUUCACUCUCCUGGUCAUUCUUACUUUGUUCUUCUUAAUCACCGGCAGGUGCCAAUGGUACAUAAAGGCAAAAAUGAAGUCAGAAGAGAAGAGAAGAAACCACUUACAGAAUGGGCAUCUACGCUUCCCAGGAAUUAAAACUUACAUAGAUCCAGAUACAUACGAAGACCCAUCCCUAGCAGUCCAUGAAUUUGCAAAGGAGAUUGAUCCCUCAAGAAUUCGCAUUGAGAGAGUCAUUGGGGCAGGAGAAUUUGGAGAAGUCUGUAGUGGGCGUUUGAAGACACCAGGGAAAAGGGAGAUCCCAGUUGCCAUCAAAACUUUGAAAGGUGGCCACAUGGAUCGGCAAAGAAGAGAUUUUCUAAGAGAAGCUAGUAUCAUGGGUCAGUUUGACCACCCAAAUAUCAUCCGACUAGAAGGUGUUGUCACAAAAAGAUCCUUCCCGGCAAUUGGCGUGGAGACGUUUUGCCCCAGCUUCCUGAGGGCAGGGUUUUUAAGCAGCAUCCAGGCUCCGAAUCCAGUGGCAGGGGGAGGGUCGCUGCCCCCCAGGAUUCCUGCUGGCCGGCCAGUUAUGAUUGUGGUGGAAUAUAUGGAGAAUGGAUCCCUAGACUCCUUUUUGCGGAAACAUGAUGGCCACUUCACAGUCAUCCAGCUGGUGGGUAUGCUUCGAGGCAUUGCAUCAGGAAUGAAGUAUCUCUCUGAUAUGGGUUAUGUUCAUCGGGACCUAGCCGCUAGGAAUAUAUUGGUCAACAGCAACUUAGUGUGCAAAGUCUCGGAUUUUGGUCUCUCCCGGGUGCUGGAAGAUGAUCCAGAAGCUGCCUAUACAACAACGGGUGGGAAAAUCCCCAUCAGGUGGACAGCCCCAGAAGCGAUUGCCUACAGAAAAUUCUCCUCCGCCAGUGAUGCAUGGAGCUAUGGCAUCGUCAUGUGGGAGGUCAUGUCCUACGGAGAGAGACCGUAUUGGGAGAUGUCUAACCAAGAUGUCAUUCUGUCCAUUGAAGAAGGUUACAGACUUCCAGCUCCCAUGGGCUGUCCAGCAUCUCUGCACCAGCUGAUGCUCCAUUGCUGGCAGAAGGAGAGAAAUCACAGACCAAAAUUUACUGACAUUGUCAGCUUCCUUGACAAACUGAUCCGCAAUCCCAGUGCCCUUCACACCCUGGUGGAAGACAUCCUUGUAAUGCCGGAGUCGCCUGGAGAAGUUCCUGAAUAUCCUCUGUUUGUCACAGUGGGUGACUGGCUGGAUUCUAUAAAAAUGGGGCAAUAUAAGAAUAACUUCAUGGCUGCAGGGUUUACGACUUUUGACCUGAUUUCAAGAAUGAGCAUCGAUGACAUUAGAAGAAUUGGAGUCAUACUCAUUGGACACCAGAGACGAAUAGUCAGCAGUAUACAGACGUUACGUUUACACAUGAUGCACAUACAGGAGAAAGGAUUUCAUGUAUGA